UUUUAUUAAUUGAAAGUAGCUGAACUCAAAAGUAUUACGGGACAAGUUGAUUACAAAAAUUUAAAAGCCGCUAAUUUCGGAUAUAAUAAUAAAAAAUCAUAGUAUUUGUGAAUUUAUUGAUUACUCGGUGUAUUCAGUACUUGGUUUUUAUAAAAAUAAUAAUUUAAAGGAUCAACCACGUUGUAGAAAUUAAUUGGUGAUCAUCUAGAUUAAAAAUAAAUUAUAAACAAUAUGGCUCGAGGACAUCAAAAGCUUCAGUCUCAAGCUAAGGCUCAAGAAAAGCAAGCAAAAAUGAAAAAACAACAAGGCCACAGUGCCAACGAUCAGAAGAAGGCAGCACAAAAGGCGCUCGUUCAUGUGUGCGCUGUUUGCAAGUCUCAAAUGCCCGAUCCAAAAACGUACAAACAACAUUUUGAGAAUAAGCACCCCAAAAAUGAAAUGCCACCUGAAUUAAAAGAUGUGUAAAAUUUGCUAUGUUUUAAUCAUUCUGGCUGCAGUUAAUAUAAUCGAUAUUGAAACUUUUGAAUAAAUAUUGUAGAAACGAAGCCAGCAGCUACCCAUAAUUGACGAACAUGUGUAUUAUUGAUAAAGCAACUAGAAGGUCUGCUUUUACGAUAACAUAGCUAAUUUUUUUGUAUUUGUUUUGUAGAGUUGUAAAAAACACUCAAACUAUAUUUUCUUUUUUAUGUUAAAUAAUUAAUAAAAAAUGUAACCCAGACGUAUCAAUUAUGAUGUGUAAAUUUUGUAGCGGUCUGCAUACCAAACAAUACGAAGUUAUUUACUACUGCCGUACUGCUUCGCUUCAGUUAACUUCAAUGUGGUUAACUCAAAUUAAUAAUUCUUAACAUUGAUAAAGCUGUUUGAUUGUAUUUUUUUCAUAUAUAUAUAAAUAGAAACAUAUUACACAGAAUUACGAUUUUUUAAAAUUGCAUCAUUAUAUUCGUAGAUAUAUACAUCUAAGAUUAAUAAUAGCAAAAGGCAAAAAAUAUAUUUAGUAUUGUGUCACACAAGCAUGCAUAUAUACAUACACAAUUUUGUACUAUAUAAAUUGCAUAUUGAUAUAAUAUAAGCAAUUACUCCCCGCAUUGGCUCAUAUUUUUCUCCUGUGUAAAUUUGCCUUUGUAUUUUAACG